GAGAACAAAAAGCGCAAUGAUCUUCCUCUGUUCCUCAGCUUCUUGAGGCAUCCAUGCGUAAAAUGCCUUGUGCGGGACCAUAUGCGGUGUGCCAGCGCGGUUCGAUUCCUGAGUCCUCUCAGAUGCUGUCUUCAACUUUGCUCAUAAUCGUUCCCUGCUUCUGCCUCUACAAGUCCCAAUACGAACUCAAAAAACCUGUGAACGCGCGCACCUGUACAGAGAGAAAGGGAUGAUUUUACCUGUGGUGAAGCUGGGAACCCUCGCUCUCAAAACCCUGUCUAAACCCAUAGCUAAUCGGCUCAAGAAAGAGGCACUCUGGCACCCCAAGUUCCGCCACCUCAUUGUCAGCUUUGCUCAGGAAAAUCAUCGAUUCACCACACAAAUGCAAAGACGCAUUUAUGGUCGUGCAACUAAUGUUGAAAUCCGCCCUCUAAAUGAGGAGAGAGCUGUUCAAGCUGCUGCAGAUCUUCUUGGUGAACUCUUUGUUUUCACGGUGGCAGGAGCUGCUGUUAUUUUUGAGGUACAAAGAAGUUCCAAGGCAGAAGCUAGAAAAGAGGAAUUGCGCAAACAGGAAUUGCAGGCUCUGAAGCAGAGAGAUGAAGAUUUAGCAAGAGAACUUGAGAUUCUUAAAAACAAAGCCCAAGAACUGGAGCAACUUAACAAGGGACGAGGACUUGGUGGUAUCUUCAAUUUUAGGCAUGCUCAUGCUGCUGAAGAAAGAGAAGCAAGCUCCUCUUGACCAUGUACAGAAUAAAGCACAAACGAGUUCUAAAACCAACAACACACAGAAAGCUGCAAAUGAUGACCUGGGUUGCUUGCUCGUGGGAUCUGAGCAAACAGGCUCGCAUUUCUUCCAGAUUUCAAUAGUAAUCUUUCAUUGCGCAACAGUGCAGCAUUGUAUGUGUUGUAUUUGGGUGGGGCAUGCUUAGUUCCACUAGUGAUUGUAGCAUAGUUCUCAAACAAAUAUAUUCAGUUUAUGCUGUAUUUGUCAAAAAUUUGAAUAGGUUAAUGGGAAUACUUUUGAAUGUAGCGAUAGAAAAUCAGAUUGUGUCAUCCGCACAGAUUUUCAUUGCAUUCUAUCGCUGCCUCAUUUCCUGCAAAUCAAACAUUAUGUAAACUGUACUAUAGGAUUGUUGUUGUAAACAUAAUUGUUUUCACUAAAAUUUGGUAUUUGUGGUUGUA